GGGUUUGACUAGUCUCUAGAGUAUCAACAAUGGGACUCUCUGUGUGUCUUAGCCUCUGUCUACUGAGCAUUGGUCACUUGACCAGUGGUUGGCUCUGGAAACCCGCACCAGCACCAACAGUACAUGUAUCUGGUAGCAACCUCCAUGGUUGUUAUGUCGACCAGUGGUCCAGGACCCUUAAUGGCGGGAUGACAAAAUCAAACAGUAUGACUGUUAGUAAAUGUCAGGACAUUUGCAAGAAAUCAAACAAGAAAUAUUAUGGACUUGAGGUCGGCGUUGAGUGUUUCUGUGGAGACUAUUUAACCAAAAGUCAUAAGAAAUCUAACGGCGAAUGCAAGAUGGCUUGUAAAGGUAAACGUGAUCAGGCCUGUGGGGGUCAUUGGCGAGUUCUCAUCUACAGAAACCCUUACUACAGAUCAAUCCUUGUAAAAUCAGGAUACCAGGGAUGUUACCAAGACCAAUGGAGUCGCACCCUGAACGGUAAACUGACGAGGUCGAGCUCCAUGACCGUAUACAAAUGCAGGGACAUCUGUUCCAAAGAAAACACCUACUACUAUGGCGUGGAGAACGCAAAUGAGUGUUUCUGUGGGAAUUCGUUGACAAGAUCCGUUAGGAAGUCAGAUAAUGAUUGUUUGACACAGUGUCGUGGAGAUCGUAACCAGGGGUGUGGGGGAUCCUGGAGAGUGGCCGUGUACAGGAACUACAACUACAAGAAAACUGUUGUGCAAACGUCAGGUUUGGUUGGCUGCUACAUCGACCAAAGAGACAGAGUGUUAACAGGAGGAGUGACCAGGUCCUCCUCCAUGACACUCGCGAAAUGCCGAUCCCGAUGUCAAAGAGAAAAGAAGAAGUUUUAUGGACUAGAGGUUGGAACAGAGUGUUUCUGUGGGAACUAUCUGAAGACAAGUAGCAAGCGAUCCACGUCUGAAUGUUUGACACCGUGUACAGGAAAUAAGGCCGAGGGCUGCGGCGGGAAUUGGAGAGUCGUCAUUUACAGGAACAACAAUUACAGAACAAAUCUUGUCAAAACGGAUUUCGUUGGUUGCUAUCGAGAUCAGUGGUCAAGGACUUUGAAUGGAAAGAAAACAACAGAUAGACACAUGACCUACAACAAAUGUAAAAACAUUUGCGCACACAAGGAAAUCAACUCCAAAUAUUUUGGACUUGAGAAUCGAGAUGAAUGUUUCUGUGGAAAUUCGCUGACAAGACGAGUGAUACAUGAUUCUGAGGAGUGUACCGAGACCUGUAAAGGAAACUCCAGAGAAGGUUGUGGGGGUCCAUGGAGAGUUGCUAUCUACAAGAACCCAUCUCAUAAACAAACUGCUGUCUCAUCGCAAGAUCUCUUUGGUUGUUUUAUUGACCAAAGGAACAGAGUCCUCAAUGGGGGUGUAUCUAAGUCAAGCACCAUGACACUUCAAAAGUGUAAAAACCGAUGUGUAAGGGAAAACAAAAAGUUUUAUGGAUUAGAGGUCGGGACGGAGUGCUUCUGUGGUAACUAUUUGACAAAACACAGCCAAAGACCAAACAAGGAGUGUAUGACCCCGUGUAAAGGAGACCGAUCCCAGGCAUGCGGGGGCGGAUGGAGGGUUCUGAUUUACAGAAACACCAAAUACACAUCAAAUGUUGUCAACAAAGAUUUUAAGGGUUGCUACGUAGACCAGAGAUCCAGAACCUUAAAGGAUUAUUCUACUUCCUCGUCAAAAAUGACAGUUGAAAAAUGCAAAGACACCUGUCAUAAAAAGAAUUACAAAUACUACGGCGUAGAGGCAACCAAAGAGUGUUUCUGUGGUAACAAACUGACAAAGACAGUGAAGAAAGACACGGAAGAAUGUAGCAGUCCAUGUAAGGGGAACAGAGCCCAAGGAUGUGGCGGAAGCUGGCGACUGGCUGUCUACGAAAACACCAAGUUCCCAACAAAGAUUUCAACUACAGAUUUACGCGGAUGCUUCGUAGACCAACGUUCCCGCACCCUAAACGGAGGAGUAACAGUUUCAAAUUCAAUGACCAUUGAAGAGUGUCAAAAAAUCUGCACGAAAAAGAAUACGAAAUAUUUCGGUUUAGAGGUUGGGAAAGAAUGUUUUUGCGGAAACUAUUUAACCAAGAAAAAUAAAAAAGACAAAUCAGAUUGUCUGAUGGCAUGCAAAGGAAACAUCAAACAGGGUUGCGGGGGCCAUUGGAGAGUGCUCGUGUACAAAAACAAGAACUAUAAAACAAAUAUUGUUCAGCAAGAUUUUGUCGGUUGCUAUAAAGACCAACGUUCCCGAACACUCACUGAGAAAAAGAUAUCUUCUAAAAAGAUGACUGUUGAUAUGUGCAGAAAAGAAUGCCUUACUUUGAAGAUGAAAUAUUAUGGUCUAGAGGCAAGGGAUGAAUGUUUCUGUGGUAACAAACUGCAGAAGAAGGUUGUUGUGGCUGAUGGAGAGUGUACGGAUACCUGUAAGGGAAGCAAAAAUCAGGCCUGUGGAGGCAGCUGGAGGCUGGCUGUGUACGAAAACCCUAGCUUCAGACACACUGCUAUAGUGAAGAAAGAUUACAAGGGCUGUUACAAAGAUCAAUACGCCAGGACACUGAACGAGAAGAGAAAGAAUUAUGCAUCAAUGACGGUCGACUACUGCAGAAAGAUAUGCUCAGACGGCAAAUUCAAAUACUAUGGUGUCGAGGCAGGUCAUCAGUGCUUCUGUGGUAAUAAAUUAACAAAGUCUGAUAAAAAGAAGGACAGUGAGUGUAUGAAUCCGUGUAGAGGGGACAGGGAGCAGGCGUGCGGGGGUGGAUGGAGAAUCGCUAUCUACCAAAACCCGAACUUUAAACCAACUGCUAUUGUAAAGAAAGAAUUUGUCGGCUGUUAUAAGGAUCAAAGGAGCAGAACUCUAAAUGAAAAGGAUACUAAGUCUUCUUCAAUGACGGUAGACAAAUGCAGAAAAACUUGCACAAGUCUGAAGUACAAAUACUAUGGUGUAGAGGAUCAAAAUGAAUGUUUUUGUGGUGAUAAACUAACAAAGUCAAAGAAAAUGAAGGAGAGUGACUGCAUGAGACCGUGCAAAGGGGACAGAGAACAGGCUUGUGGCGGAAGCUGGAGAAUAGCUGUUUACAAAAACCCUGAUUUCAAACCAACUGCCAUUGUUCAGAAAGAUUACGUUGGGUGUUAUGUUGACAACCUGCUGGCAAGGACACUUGGUACUAAAAAAACGUCCUCUCGUUCAAUGACGGUGGAAACGUGCCGUAAAACAUGUCUGAAAGCUGAUACAAAGUACUAUGGACUGGAGGCUGGUGAUGAGUGUUUCUGUGGAAACAAACUGGGGAAAAAGAAAUCGGACAGCGAGUGUAAGACGCCAUGUACCGGAGACAAGGAGCAGGUUUGUGGGGGCAGCUGGAGACUUGCGGUCUACAAAAACACCAAAUUUGUCCCACUUACCAUUGUUAAAUCAGGGUACAAGGGAUGUUUCAAAGACAAAAGGUUUGGACGAGUUCUCCCUGAUAAAGUUACAAAAUUAGGAGAUGGGAUGACGGUUGAAACUUGCAGAGACAUAUGUAAGAAGGAAAAAACAAAAUAUUACGGAUUGGAGGCGAAGAAGGAAUGCUGGUGUGGUAAAAAGAUGCCAGAUUCUUCCGCAAAGACCUCAGAUGCUGAUUGCAAGAGUCCUUGUUCAGGAAAUAACAAGCAAGGAUGUGGAGGAUCUUGGAGAAUCGCUGUGUAUAAAUUACCAACCAAGAAAUCUACAGCUGCUUGUAAAGAUAAGAAAGGUGAAGUACAGUGUUCGACGUCCAAUGGACAGCGAUCCGUCUGCAUUGUUCCUCAGGCUGACCUAGUUCUUUAUGUAGAUCCGAAGGUACCCACUGAUGAAUGCGAGCCUGGGGAAACUUAUGGAAGACAUGGGGAUGAAAUUUGGGUGUCUGGAAAAUGCGGAGGGAAAUUCGAAAUUUGUUAUAAAGAAGUGGCUGUUGAAGAAGUUUCUGAAGAUUGUGUCAAGACAGCAGAUGGAAGCGAUUACACGGGGACGUGGAAUAAAACUAAAUCCGGUAAAACCUGCCAGGCUUGGUCUUCUCAAACACCACAUAAACACGGAUUCACCUCCCUUCCAAACAACUACUGUCGUAACCCUGACGGCGAACCCCACGCUUGGUGCUACACCACCGAUACCAACACUCGAUGGGAGUUUUGUGAUAUUCCUCUAUGCAAAACGCCAGCUCCUGGAGAAGAAGACGAAUGCCUAACGGAGCCAAAAGGACAAAACUACCAGGGAACCAAAAAUGUAACGAAGUCAGGACUGAAAUGCCAAGCCUGGUCUGUGCAGACGCCUCACAGUCAUUCCUUCACCAAGAGUCUCGGCAAUCAAGAAAACUAUUGCAGAAACCCUGAUGGAGAGCCAAAACCUUGGUGUUACACGACAGAGAGAGACACCCGCUGGGAAACCUGUGAUAUUCCGGAAUGUGCUGCCUGUGAAGUUGAACAAGAGAAAGGUCCUGACUGCAAAGUCCUUUACAAGAUUUCUGGAGGUUGCUAUUACCAGUCACACUAUAGAAACGAAUGUAAAUACAGCGUAAAACUAGAUAAAGAUAGCGCCGGGAAACUACGAGCAGAUGUCAAUUACGGAGCCACAAAGUUUUCUCUUAAAGAAGGAAAAGGCGUCAACAAGUGUGCUUAUUUCAAAGUAAUUGGAGACUACCUUGUGAUAGAGGACACCCUGGCCCAUGGAUGUUAGGAAUGUCGUGAAAUGAAAACUCUAUCGUCUACAUUGAAAACUUGAACGUUUCCAAUUUUUUCUGAUAUUGAAUGUAAUUUAAAUCUGAAUAAAUUUAUCUGCA